UUGUAAUGUAAGUAUCGAGAUUUUGUUUUAUAAAUUCCAAUGUAUAUAUCAAAGUCAAGUGUGAUACAUAAACAAAUUGAAUUAUUUGCCAUGGUAGUUCCCAUUACAAAGAUGGAUUGAAAGCUUACAAACGAGAAACAUAUACCUGAUAUAACAAAGAAAGAUGGCGGAUGAUAUGAGUAAAGAGGAAAUGGAAGAAAUUCGUAGAACUUUUAAUCUGCUCGACAUAAAUCACGAUGGACGAUUAUCGAAAACAGAAAUCAUAAAAGGCAUACAUUUGUUAAAAGUCAAUCCAACCGAAGUCGAGGCAGAGGAUAUAAUGAGCGAGCUGGACCUAGAUGGAGAUGGACUGGUUUCUUGGGAGGAGUAUCUAAAAGCCUUAUCAGUUCAAAUCAAGAAACAAACAUACGAAGAACAAUUAUUCACACAAGCUUUUAAAAAGUUUGAUAAAGACAAUAGUGGAUUUAUAGACAAAGAAGAACUUAAAGCUGUCUUGAAACGGAAAGGAGCAAAAUGGAAUGAUGAAGAUUUAGCAUACUUAGACGACCUAUUUCUUGAAGCGGAUGAAGACGGAAAUGGACGAGUUGAAUACAAAGAAUUUGUGAAAACUUUCUGUGAUCAGUAAUUUACUUCCUGAGGAGCAUAGUACUUUUAAAAAUUAGGAACAUUAUUGCUACGGCUAGAAGCACAUAUUUCUAUUUGUUUUACAAUGUGUAAUAAAUAUAUUAAAAAUGUAUGUAUGAAUAUGGUGGAUUUCAUUGUUAGCACCGUUUAUGUUAUAAACCUUUAUUUAUUUGAUUAUUUAGCAUGGGAGAUUUUUAAUAAUCUAAUCAACCAACAUAUAGAAUGUCCACUUAACAAUAUAUAUAUAUAUAAAAGGUAAAAGAUUGAACAUCAAAAUCCGAGAUGGCACAUUAAAGGGGGAUAAAUUCCUGCUCCACUCUUUUAUCAUCAUACUAUACAAAUACGUUAAUGUAAACAAUAAUUAGAUUUAGAUGUUUUAUCAGAUAGAUUUUUAUCAUGCAAAACUUUCAAUUGUAUUUUAAUUAAGAA